AGAGGCACUGAGGGUCCCUGCCCCUCUCUCCCUAGCGUUGUAAGGGUGGUGGCAGCAGCAGAGGCACGGGAGACUGGUGCGCUUGCGCAGACGGAGCCCAGCUGCGGGCCAGCAAAGCCCCUCCCCAGCGGUACUCUAAUCAGUAAGUCUCAGUGUCUGGUGUACUCUGAUCUCUUCAGCAGAGAAUUUAUAAAUCAGUUGUCCAGUUUGCUGAAAGAAAUAGAAAAUGGCCAAAGUUGAAAAGCUUGCUCUUCAUGUCCCAAGUCUAGAGGAACUUUCUGGGGUCCUGCAGAAUGGGCUUAAAGAGAACUUUGCUGAUGUCCUGGUCUCUGUAGUAGAAUGCCCUGAUCUGACUCGUGAUCCCUUCGACUUUCCUGUUAAAGGAAUCUGUGGGAAGCCUAGAAUAGCAGAUGUGGGAGGUCAACCUCACCUUUUGCCUCUUGUACAAAAAGAUAAAGUUUAUGACCUGAACACCGUUGCAAAGCAAAUAGAGUUGCCUGGAGCUUUCAUUCUUGGAGCUGGAGCUGUGUCCUCUAGGAUUCUUGGAGUAAAUGCUGAGUUUAUCCCAGUUGCUCAAGCUGAGAGUGAAGAAAAGCCUGCUGUAAAUGCGAGUUACACUGCUCAGAUUAAUCCUGCAGAUGGAGGGUGCCUUCUGGAGAAGUACAGCAACAAAUAUAGUGACUGUGAAUUUGGAUUGCUGGCCAACCUAUAUGCCAGUCAGGGCCAACCUGGCAAGGUUAUUGAAGUGAAAGCCAAUGGAAGAACUGGACAGCAUAACUUUGUGACCUGUAUGAGACAAAUUAUAGAAAAAUGCUAUGGAGAUAAACCAGUUGGGAUAGGAGGUACAUUUGUUAUUCAAAAAGGGAAAGCAAAGAUUCAUAUUAUGCCCCCAGAAUUUUCUGCCUGUCCUUUAAACACUGAUGAGGAAUUGAAUAAUUGGCUCCGUUUUUUUGAAAUGAAGGCUCCGUUGAUUUGUCAGCCAGUACUAAUUUCAAGAGAUCCAGGGUUUGAUCUGCGAGUGGAGCACACCCAUUGUUUCAGUCACCAUGGUGAAGGAGGACACUACCAUGAGGACACGACACCAGAUAGUGUGCAGUAUCUGGGAUAUUUUUUACCUGCAGAACUUCUCUUUCGUAUUGAUAGACCCAAAGAGUCUCAUAUAGUUGGGAGAGAUUAAAUCCACGGAUGCACACUUAAUUUUAAGUGUACGGAUAGCAAUUAAUUUUUAAAAAUGAAAUAUUGGAUUUGAUCAUUCUUUUAAUUGACAUCGAGCACACAUAUGAAAAGCUGGCAUUUUAUUGCAGUCUUAGCCUUUUUUAAAGAAUGGGACACGUUCAGAGUUUAGAUAGUUAUUUGAAUUCAAACAAACAAUUUCAAUCACAAUUUAAUUUUUAUCCAAACAUCAAAGCCAAAUAGUUUGUAUUAAUGAUUUAUUUUGUUCCAUUUUGAUUACGUUAGGCAGGCAUUACUAGGUGAUUGUCUCUGGCUAUAGAAAGCCAUCAUUGAAUUAAUGAGAGCUCCACAUUCUAAAUGGAAGAGGAAAAGAGAUGCGAAUCAAGAACCAUGUGGUAACUAUACUACAAUUCAGACUCUGAUAUUGACAUAGCUGUGUGCCAUUCUAGCCAUAUGUGCCCUAGUGGGUUAUAUGUGAGUAAUGGGAUUGGCCACUUAUUUUAAUCCGUGAUUAGAAGAGACUUGUCUGAAAUAAGAGGAAGGCACUUGUAGUUCCACUCAUAUGACUUUUAGCUCAUCAGGACUACAGGGUGGUGCAAUCCUACAUCUACAGGAGUCAAUGGCAAUACCGCCAUUGAUUUCACUGAGAGCAUAGAGGACCUACAGGUAUGGAAAUGCAAACUUGUCAAAGAGGCAGGGGUGAAAGUAACUUGCAGGACUUAUCCGUACUGCCAGAGUCCUGAGGGAGGCGGGGCCUCUCAAGAUUUAAAGGCCCUGGGGCACCGACUGUGGCUGGGAGCCCCAGGGCCUCUAAAUCAACCAGGGACUCCCAGCUGCAGAGGUGGCUGGGAGCUCCCGGGGCUCAGGGGAAAAUUAAAGGAUUCGGGGCUCCCCACA